UCACUUACUCUAGCUCUGUGGAAUUCUGGACAGAGUAACAUCGUUACUAACUGACGAACAUCUCCUGAUUUACUGCAUAUGCGACGUUUCCAGUCAAGUCACUAGACCACUGACAGAGCGGGCAAGUUACCGGUCUACUACAUUUGGAAUUAUCACAUACCUACAGUUGUGGCUGCAUGAUAGGCUGUGAACUGGAGUCUGUCCAAUACGAGCCCUCAAUCUACGUGCAACUUGAGGCCGUUAUAGGAUUCGGGGUUUUGGUGAUCUUCGAGAAAUCAAGGCGGUUCCUGCGCCCGGAAGAUAAUCUGUUGUCACGAUGCAUGAAAUUAUCACACUUCAGCUUGGUCAACGGAGCAACUAUGUAGCAACACAUUUCUGGAAUCUCCAGGAAUCCUACUUCACAUACAAUGCAGGCGAAGAGUCACCCGUAAACCACGAUGUUCAUUUCCGACCCGGUCUUGGAGCAGAUGGGACGGAGACAUUUACUCCAAGAACCAUUAUUUAUGACCUCAAAGGUGGCUUUGGUUCCCUUAAGAAAUACAAUGCGCUUUACCAAAUGGAAGAGGAAUCUAGCAUGCCAAGAGGACUAUGGGACGGAAAUGAGGUUAUACAACAACAACCUCAGAUCCCGCAGAGUGAAUAUCAAAAGUCCCUGGAUCUGGGAUUAACCCCACCUCCGCUGAUCUCGGAGACGGUUCGUUACUGGUCUGACUUCAACCGGGUAUUUUAUCACCCACGUUCUAUUGUCCAGCUGAACGAUUACGAGUUGAAUUCCCGAUUGAUGCCAUUUGAGAACUGGGAAGUGGGUGAAGAAUUGUUCAAUGAUCUAGACAAGGAGCAUGAUCUCUUGGAUAGAGACGUCAGACCUUUUGCAGAGGAAUGUGACCAACUGCGCGCCCUUCAGAUAUUCUCCGGGACAGAUGACGCCUGGGGAGGGUUUUCAGCGAGGUAUAUUGAUAGACUCAGAGACGAGUAUGGCAAAACUAGUAUAUGGCUAUGGGGCCUUGAAGAUGGUGCUAAGGUCCAGCGGCAGAAGCAAAUUCUCCGAUCGAUCAAUGUUGCAAAAUCAAUCUCUGCAAUCUCGCCGCAAGUUUCCUUGUAUACGCCCAUCAUGGACCCCCCUCAUCCAUUGCCAACCUACCUAAAUAUCGAUCUACAAUCAGAAUGGUACAAGUCGGCACUCAUCACCUCUUCAAUCGAGUCCGCCACCCUGCCUUCUCGCCUUCGCCAAUAUCAUGACAUCGAGGCUGCGUUAGCGGGUGACGACGGCACGCACAGAAUCUUCGAAUUGAAGGCCUCUAUUGUACCAGAAGCCAGCGAAAACCCUGCAGGAUCAUCGCGUACAGAAGCAGAAGCUGCCGGAUCCUUGGCAGAGGACGAUGGAAUUGACGAGAAUGCGAAAUUUGACAUUAACUUUAGUUAUAUUGAUCCUGCUGGAAGGCAUCACACCUUCAACGAGAUCCAGGUCGCUCGUGGAUUUGAAUUUGCUAGAGCGGAUGAACCAUGGCUUGAAAAUUCCACUCUUGCUCGGCGACAGCGCCUGUUCAACUCGCAAUCUGCACUACAAAGGUUCGAUACGGGUUUGCGGCUUCCUAUCCUUGACAGCUUCCCCCGCAAUCUCUUCGCUGAUUCUAGGCCGGAAGCUGGCAUCAAGGUCCAUGCAGCAUUGGCAGCCACCUCAGCGGUGGCAGAUCGAAUCAAGGCUCUACAAGCGAUUGCAGGACGAGCUGUGGGCGUCGAUGAACGAGAGGCCUUGGUCAACGGCCUCGGCGAGAUCCGUGAGACAUACGAGCAGGGAUGGAUGAGCGAUUUGGACUCUGGCGAGGACGACUGAACACCGUACCCAUCCGCUGCUACCUGGCCGCAGGACACUGGCAUACACCACCGAGACGUCUGGCUGGCCUUGGGGCGCGCACGUUUCUCACUGAUAGUUGGAUACUGUUCCCCACAGGGAAAUUAACUUCUGCCUGCAUCUUACGGAGUACUCCAGUCCUCUUGAAGGACUCUUAUGCACCUGCGUGGACUAAAGAGCGUCGCCUGGGGUAGAUUCUUGCUCAGUGCUUCUCGCCGUUGUGGCGACCCGGAUCAUACUGCAUAUAUUAUAGAAACGUCUGCAAGAGGCAUUUGCUCGAUAUUGCGACCGCGAAUGCCAAUUUAGACAUCGCUUCAGUCUUGAAUGGACCUGUCCAGGGCUAUUUUUGUUAUGUACUAUCGAACAGCCCGACCCAAGAUUUGUCAAUC